AUGGAGACAAGCCCGUGCAUGGCCCUAAAGUCGUGCCACACCUGCCUUGUGUCCUACUGCGAGGCCCACCUCAGGCCCCACUUGGAGAACCCCAAGUUCCAGAAACACCGUCUGGUGGAGCCGCUGAGGGACAUCGAGAGACGGACCUGUGAGAUUCACAAAUGGUCCCUGGAGCUGUUCUGCUGUUCUGAUGCUGUGUGUGUCUGUCCGGACUGUGUGACAGAAGACCAUAGGGGACAUAACACUGUUCCUGUGUUAGAGGCGCGCAGAACCAUAGAGGUGACAGAGAUCCUGGAGGGAGAGGACAAGCAAGCUCUCAGACAGACCGAGGGGAUCAAGGUACACCUGGAGCAGAAGUGCACUGAGCUGAAGAAGACACAAGAGCAGUUGAAAAAGCUCUCGAAGAACAAGAACGACGUGGACUUCCUACAAGAGUACUCUAAGUGGAAGAAGGACAGCCCUGACAUUACCCUACCUGGGUUCUACAUCGGCCUUAUGGACCGGCUCAACUCCUUCAGCCGAGUAAUUGUUACCUCCACACAGGAGCUGUGUGAGAAGCUGCUGUCCAAUUACAUAGAGACACUCAAAGAGACCUGCAAAAAUGACAGGAUGGGGAUAAAAACCACAGUCCAUGAAACAAUCGCAGCAAAACAGAACAUGACUGUGCCAGACCCAAAGACGCGGGAUGACUUCCUAAAGUAUGCAGCGCCUGUGAGUUUUGACGCAGACACGGCCCAUAAGUUCCUGCGUCUGACUGAGGAAAACAGGAAGGUGACCAACACCACACCCUGGCAACACCCGUACCCCGAUGCCCUGGAGCGCUUUGAGAACUGGCGCCAGGUACUGGCCACAGAGAGCUUCUAUGUUGGUCGACACUACUUCGAGGUGGACGUGAGCGGUGAGGGCACGUACGUCGGACUCACCUACAAGAACAUCGAUCGCAAGGGCCCAAAGAACAACAGCUGCAUUACCGGCAAUGACUUCUCAUGGUGUCUACAAUGGAACGGCCGCAGCUUCUCUGCCUGGCACAGUGAUGUGGAGACUCCUCUGAAAGUGGAGAAGUUCACACGUAUUGGGGUCUAUGUGGAAUUCAGCUGUGGCCUACUGGCCUUCUAUGGGGUGGAUAAUGCUGUCGGCAUGACCCUCAUUCACAAAUACAGGGCUGACUUUCUGGAGCCUCUCUACCCAGCCUUCUGGCUGUCGAAGAAGGAGAACGUGAUAGAGCUUGUUGGACCUGGGGAGUCGCUCACACUGAAAAGCCCUUCUCCUCCUAACUCACCACCAAACACUGAUGUUGCACCCCCCAGCCGUUUCACAGUAUCUUCUGUUGUUGAUCAAUGAUUCAUUUGUCAGUGGUAAAUUUCCCCUGUCAACCCUAAAAAGUUUCAGAAUGCAAGAAGAAAUGGAAAAGGAAGUGCAUCAGCCUGCCCCAUACAUGUGCAUAUACUUGUGUAAAUAUUUCUGUUUUUAUUUUUAAUACAUUUGCAAAGAUUUCCAAAAACUGUUUUCCACUUUGUCAUUAUGGGGUAUUGUGUGUAGAUUGAUGAGGGGAAUUUUUUAUUUUAUCCAUUUCAGAAUAAGGCUGUAACGUUCCACAAUGUGGAAAAAGUUAAGGGCUCUGAAUACCUUCCGACUGCACUGUAUAUCCCAAUAAGGUGACACUAGAUUUGUAAAUUAUUUUCUAAAUAACAUUUGCCUUUGUCAAUGGUGUAUUGGAGUCAAAGUCAGGUGCAGGAGAGCAGAGUAUUAUGAACAGGUGCACUUUUAUUAAAGUUCAAAAAAUGAGAGCACUACAUAAAUAGUACAUAACACGUUCAACACGCGCUCUCACCACUGGUGUCCCCCAGGGCUCUGUUCUAGGCCCUCUCCUAUUCUCGCUAUACACCAAGUCACUUGGCUCUGUCAUAACCUCACAUGGUCUCUCCUAUCAUUGCUAUGCAGACGACACACAAUUAAUCUUCUCCUUUCCUCCUUCUGAUGACCAGGUGGUGAAUCGCAUCUCUGCAUGUCUGGCAGACAUAUCAGUGUGGAUGACGGAUCACCACCUCAAGCUGAACCUCGGCAAGACGGAGCUGCUCUUCCUCCCGGGGAAGGACUGCCCGUUCCAUGAUCUCGCCAUCACGGUUGACAACUCCAUUGUGUCCUCCUCCCAUAGCGCUAAGAACCUUGGCGU